UUUGCUACAGGAAGCACCCCCACCCCUUCCGGUUUGAAACACACGUUGGAUUAAUUGGGAGCGGCUUGAUGCGCGCGCGGGCUGCUGGGUCUCCACGGCAACAUCGAGAAACGACAGAAAAUUGUGCUACAUCGACGCACCACCUUUGUGUUCUGUCUCCACCAUGUCGUCCGGAAAGAUGGGGAUGUAUCGCUCGCAACCGCGAGACUUCAGCAACCUAUUUCAAACAUGCAGCUCAAAUAUUCAGAAAAUAACACACAACACUGGCCAAAUCAAAUCCAUGCUGUUCCAGCUCGGAAGCAGACCAGACACUCCUGAAAUCCAGGACAGACUGCAGCAGAUGCAGCAUUACACAAAUCAGCUAGCCAAAGAGACCAACAAGCACCUGAAAGAACUGGGCUCUCUACCUCAGUCUCCUUCAGAACAGCGCCAGCAGAGGAUCCAGAAAGAUCGGCUGAUGAAUGAUUUCUCAGCAGCCCUCAACAACUUCCAGGUGGUGCAACGUCGAGCAGCUGAGAGGGAGCGAGAGUCCAUGGCCAGGGCUCGAGCUGGCUCACGCCUCCUGGCUGAAGAAAGCAACCAAGAUGAGCAACUUGUGACAUUUGAAAAGAGUGAAGACUCUGGGCUGUUCCAGAGUCAGGUUGAAGAAGAGCCCAUCACAGAAGAGGACCUAGAGUUGAUCAAGGAGAGGGAAACCAACAUCCGACAACUGGAGGCAGAUAUUAUGGACGUGAACCAGAUUUUCAAAGAUUUGGCAGUUAUGAUUCAUGACCAAGGCGAUAUAAUAGAUAGCAUAGAGGCUAAUGUGGAGAGUGCUGAGGUUCAUGUAGAGCGCGGGACUGAGCAACUGCAACAUGCCACCUACUACCAGAGAAAAUCACGCAAGAGGAUGUGCAUUCUGGCUUUAGUGCUGUCCUUAGUGGUGACUGUCUUCGCCAUUAUUAUUUGGCGAGCUGCGAAGUAAGGUGACAUUACAUAUUUGAAUUUUGUGCACUUUAAAAUAUCCAGUGGUGACUGGCUGCUGAGUGUUUGGUUUGUGUCUGGAAAUGAACUGCAAAUAAAUUGCUUUUAAUAUAUAGAAUAUUCAAAUGUAAACUAAAUAUUGACAGCAUCCUGCAUGUCCAGUAUUGCUUUCUUUUUAGAGCAAGUUGAGUCUUGUGCAUUUUCCAAGUAUUAUGCAAAAUAGAAAGGAGGUGACAGUUCAAUGAUGAUGGAUUUGGAGAGCAAACAUGAAUUUGUUUUAUUUGAUAAAAUUAGGAAUGUAGGAUUUAUAGAACAUGAGCCAUUUUAUUACUUUAUCCUUUGGAAUAGGUGGUUUUGUUACUUGAUUGUAAGUAACAACUAUGUUUAUUUAAAUGAUAAAAUUCUGCAGAGAUGCAGAGAAAAGUUUAGAGGGAAAAAAAAUUAAUGUUCAGUUCAUACUUUUCAUUAAACAUUAUAAUUUCUUAAUCAUUUGUUAAUAUUUAUCAAAAAAAGGUAAUAAUCACCUAUAUUAACAACAUGGCAGGGUUUUAAGCAUUAUAACACGGUAAAUAUGGCUUAUUGUUUAAAAAAAAAUCACUAUUCUGAUCACUAUUGUCACUAUUCUCCAUUUAUGUUUGGUCUCAUUAAAUAGUAGUGUUUAUACAUAAAAAAUAAAUAACCGUCAUCAUUUGCCCAAUGUAGAUGUACAAAGUACCAAAUUAAAGCUAACAGUCUGUUUUUCCACAUCAUUCAUGGUUUUAUUUCAAAUCCAUUGUGCUGCGGUACAGAAAUAACAACAAAUCUGUGUCAUUGUCCUGAUGUAAAUUGCCCCAAUUAAGGUGUAGCAUUGUAGUGUUAGUUACUAAUAUUCUCUUUUGUCUCUGAAAGCAUACUGUAAAUUUCAAAAGUGUCUCAGUGAUUUUUUUGUAUAAUAAUGUUAUUGUUGUCUUAAAGAAAAUGUAACAUUGGUGGUACAAAAUAUGUCAUUGGUGGCCACCAUUUAAAUGAUGAAGCUACUGAGGGGCGUUCUAUCAAAUGAUAUUGGUAAUAUAUUUAUGUAUAUUUGUGUGCAUGUGUGUUAAUGAGUGUGUCUGUCAUCUUUUUUUUAAUAUUAUUCAGAACAUCCACUCAUUAAGCUCAGUAACUGAAAUUAUUAACUCUUCCAUGAUCUGUUGAGAUUUGGUUCAGCCUGAUGAGAAGAUGUGUUUUUUUAAUGUAAAAUCCGAUCUUUUGACAAUAACAACGUCAAACAAUUUUAUUAUUGUAACAAUUUUGAUUAAGUACCAUUAUGUCAUAGGAUCUUGUAACAUGCGCACACAAACACUAUUUUGGUGAACACACGUUCAUAUUUAGUCAAUUAUAAUCACAGUUAGGUUGUAAGUGCAGCUUCUUUUAAAAUUCUUUAACAUUAUCUGUAUUUGAAAUCUACCACUACCAUCAUUUUUUUUCUUUAUAAAAAUGAUUGGUGUGGAUGGUUAUUGCAGUAAACCUUCAGUACCAAAAACUACUCCAAGCUUUCUUUUUGGUUCACUUCAUGAGGGUGUCUCACUGUACACCUGUCUUUCUGUAUAUAAUAAAUAAAUGAGAAUGUCCAUCAA